AUGUCUGGAAUUAAUCGUCCGUUGAGCCAAAUGAGGAAACUUGAAACGAAGGACGCUGUUUUUCGUGCAAGGAAACGUAUACUUAAGUAUUUGAUUCUGGGUUUCCUCAAACAAGAAGGGCUGAUGCACACGGCGGACACGUUAGUCUCCGAAGGCGCUGUAACCAAUGAGUACGAGCUCUGUGAUAAUAUUGACCUGGAUAUCAUACUGCAGGACUAUUGCAGUUACUAUCUAAUACGUUUCAAUAAGCAGCCCCAGUUUUGUCGGAAGGUCGAAGAGCCUAUCCGUAGGCCGCAGACGAGACGAGUAAAACCGGAAAGUGUUACAAUAUUACCGGAACCAGCGCAGCCUGAUUUACCUUCAAGUUUUACCGUGACAAAGCUGUUGCAUGACAGUCCUGAAAAUAUUGAACACAAAAUACCAGCAAUUGAGAGAAGGCCGCUAAAGGGACUAAUGGCCAAUUUAUCUCCCGAUAGAAAGCAUCUUGUCGAAAUUCUGUACCAGGACAUCAUACGACCGUCGGAGGUUUUCUGGGAGGACGUGAAGGGGUUGACGUCUGCGAAGAACCUCUUAAUGGAGUCUGUGGUUUAUCCUGUCAGGUAUCCAGAAGUUUUUACUGGUCUACUGGAACCCUGGCGCGGAGUUUUGCUACAUGGACCUCCUGGCACUGGGAAGACGAUGCUGGCUAGGGCUGUUGCUGCGGAAAGCGGGUGUACCUUCUUUAAUGUCACUUGCAGCACUGUCAUUAACAAGUGGAGAGGAGAAUCCGAAAAGAUCAUCAAGGUGCUCUUUGAUAUGGCAUCGUAUUAUUCACCAUCAAUUAUCUUUAUUGAUGAGGUGGAAACCUUGGCGUCUGAGAGGUCUUCGCCAGGGGAGCACGAAGCCUCUCGGAGGUUGAAGUCACAGCUGCUUACUGAACUGGACGGAAUUACUCAGAGAGAUGGCAUCGUGUUUUUACUCGCUAACUCUAAUAUGCCUUGGGAAAUUGAUCCAGCGAUGCUCCGUCGUUUAGAAAAGCGUAUUCAUAUACCUCUACCAGACUUCAAGACGCGAGCUGAACUCUUCCAAGGUUACCUUAGCGGGAAGAACAUAGAGCUGGUCCCAAAAGUGGACUUCGAGGAACUGGCUGCUAAGACCGAGGGGUAUUCUGGCAGCGAUAUUAAAAUGGCUUGCAAAGAAGCACUGAUGGCUAGUGUUCGGAAAAUGCUGCCUAGUAUGGGGAAAAGUGCGUCUAAUAGAAAAGACAAGCUGUGCAUAUCGGGCAUUUUGACUGCUAUAGAGAGGACAAAGCCAGUGGCCAGAAACUUAGCCAAGCGACACGCUGAUUGGCAAAACGAAAAGGGCUCUUCUUAA